AUGAUGACUUCUUCUCCUUGGCUAUUACAUGUGAUGGCCUCCUUGUUUCUGCUGAGCACUGCUACCGCCUUUACUGCUACUAGUACCGGUACUAGUAGCGGAACUGGGUCCCUAUUCCGCAGUCCGACGCGCCUGAUGAGCGCAGAGCCACUCGAUGGCACUGUGGUCGUCUGCACGGGUCCCACUUGUUCUAAAAAGGGCAGCAAGAAGGCCUUGGCGUUCUUCCAAGAAUUGGCGCCAGAAUCUGUUACAGUGGAAACCAUCUCUUGUGUCAGUGAAUGCGCCGAGUGUGCCCUGGGCCCUAAUGUAGAAAUCCGAAAAACUGGAGACAGUGGUCCCUUCUACCCCAUCAAAAAUGGAAUCAGAACAGAAGAACAGGUCAAACAAAUUCUGGGAGUUGAAGCAGCCGUAGAGGACUUGGCUUAG